ACACUGCUUCCGCAUUUAUGACUUAAAAAGCCGUGGCGGGAGAGUAGCGGCAGCUCUGCUCACUGUUGGUUUGUUAUUGGAUUGCUUGUGUGUUGAUUACUUGUGUAUGACAGAUUUCUGGUUUCCUGAUCUCCGACUCUCGCUUUGCCCCUUUGGUGCCUUUGGUUUUGAUUGUUUACUGGUUAUGAUCUCUUGCCUUCCUCCUGACUGCUCUCUUUGCCUCGCCCCUUUGGUUACUGUGUUUCGGCUUUGGUGUCUCCUGUAUGUUUGUGUCUGUUAGGUGUGUAGGGAGUGACUGCUAUUUUGUUUAUGCGUUCGUUUGGUUUACUGUGGUUUUGGUAAGGGAGUCAGGUUUAGUUUUGUCAUUUCGUGUUCCUGUUUUCAUUUAGUUUAGAAUUAGCUUAGUUUGGGACGUGUUCGGUAGUGCUGUUUUCUUUAUUGUUUUGGCCGUGUCAUUCUCGAAGUCUGUUACCCUAUUGUUUGUGAAAGUCUUUGUGAAUAAAUAUAAAAAAAUACAAAAAAAGAUCCCUUUGUUUCCCGUGUUCCCUUUUCCCAUACCUUGGUUGUCUCGUUUUCCCCUCUCCUUUCGCUUUACCUUUCUGACGGUCCUCAGCCCUAGACUGAGGAUCGUAACAGUACAUUGGAAUGAUGUUCUGGACACAAUGUGUUUAUAUUCGACUUGAGAACAGGAAAUGAUGAAGUCAAACAGAGAGCAGUAGAUACCUGACCUGAAGGUAUGUUUUCGGGAAGCAGACAAAAGGAAGGCCAGUGUACAAGGACAUUCUGGGAAUUCCAUCCUCAUAAGUGUCAUUCAGGACUCCCCUUAGCCAGUCCGGUCAUCCUGGAUCUGACUGAGCUGUGCGGGAGAAUCACCUCCUGUGCCGAUAGCGACGGCUCAUUCCAGACCUUCCACAGUGUGCCGAUGGACUACAUGUGCUUGUGCCUGAAGGGAGCCCAGUGGCCAAUGUCUCCUUCCAGCAGCGUCCUACAUUGAAAGCCUCCUCAGCGCUUGCUUUGGUCUUCCAUCCUAAACUUACAUGCAGCAGGAACACAAAAUGCAGAGAAGCUUCCUGUCUUGCCGUUGCCAGCGAUCCAGUGUUGCCACGACAGCUUUCAAGGGUGUAGCAUUGCAUGACAAUGGGUGUCACUGCACUUUUGGUAAUGCAUCGGGAAGCGAGGCUGCGGACUGCGGCGAUGGAGAGCCGAGCAGGACGGUGCAGGACCGGCUGAGCCAGGCGCUCUGGCACCUCAACCUUGCGCAUCAUUCCCAGAGAUCUGCUUUUAACAACAACGUGCGGGUCGCCUACGAGCUGCUCAUGACUGGAGGACAGCAUCUCCGCCCGGGUGGAGGAGUGCGGGGUCGCAUCUACACCGAGCUGCUCCGCUCCCUCUGCUCCGAAGCCGGCCUUUCCAGCUCCACCAGUGCGCCUCUGCUGCGCCGGAUCCAGUGCCAGGACCACGAGGCCGUCCCCUUCGAGCUGUUCCGGCAGGGCGUGCUGAUUUGCACUGUUUUUGCAGACUACGUGCGUAAAUCUCAGUCCCUGUACCUGGCAGUCAGUGGCGGUUCCGAGUUGCCGGCCCAGCGGGCUCUCUGUCAGGCUGCCCUCGGUGCCCUGCGGGACGCCCUGGACACCGCGCAGUGCGCCGAUACCGCACGCUACCUGGAAGCCAGUGCCAAAAUCGCGCCUUGUACAUUAGCCCAGGCGAUGGCGUCGGCACAGAGUUCCUACGAAGCCCAAGCCGGUACCAGCAUGGACCCAGAAGAGUUUGAAAAAGAGGCAGCUGCUCUGUUCAUAGCCCGCGUCCAGCCUGUGUCCUGAAACAUUCUGACCAUUUCUUAGAACCUUGUUAUUUAACACGCCUCCAACAAAAUGUUGUUGCUCUGGGUAAAAUUUAAUAGGUAUGGUACUGUGAGGCUGUAUAGAUCUUCCACAGGAUUUCCAACUCUCCCACAUCUGGCAUGACACUCACACUUUGAAACUCUCACGCUCACGCAAGAAAUCUUAUAGCAAAUUUAUAUUAUUCCAUUAUAAACUUAAGCAUAGCUACAUCAAAAGCAUUGGGGUAGUUUGCAAACCUUACAGACUAUCUGCAAGAUAAUAAACCUGUUACAUACAUGUAAAUACGUGUUCACGUGUUGAGACUGGUCUCAUGCCAACCAGCUGACAAAAUCUCACGCCAGCCAGCUGACAAAUGUUCCAUGGGUUUCAGUAUUUAUGAAGUGUUGCAUUAUAUACUCCUUUGAGUUCCAGAACUGCGAUUAGGGGGGUUAGGUAGCUUUGUGGUUAGCAGACAUCCACACACACUUCCAGGGCUGGGGAUUGAAACCCAUGACCUGCUGGUGGUUCCAGGUUGUUGUCAUUCCACCUGUGCUUCCUGGGCUAUGUGACAGGCUCCCUGUAUUCAAAAGUGUUUCUAGGGUAGAUGGAUGGACAGACUUCAGUAAAAUCUGUCACCCUGCUAUCCUUUUCCCCAGCAGAUUAUUUUAAUAAGUAAAUAAUAUUUGAACAUCAUAGUAUCAUGAUCUGACAUUUAUGUAAAAGCAUAUUUAGGUAGUAAAAUAUGUGUUAAGUAUGAAAGUUUUAUGCAAUAUGUGUAUGUCGUUAAAAAGUAACACAGCACCUUGCAUGUUUAUCGGCCUGCUUUAAAGUGUGUAAGGAAGGUUAGUGAGGGAAGAGCCUGUUUCAGUCACACAAGUAAGACCUGAACUGCCUUUCAGCUUCCCUGUUAGUGAUAAAUACGAGUGGUUUGCUUCAGUUAAACAUAAAGUAUUUCUUUCCCAAAUCUGCUGCUAGUUUGCACAUGCUGUUUGAAUGAAGAAGUCUAUCGAUUGUUGCUCACUGUGUACAGCUUGUAAUAAUCUAUGUAGUGAAAAGGAAGGUGGUAAACUUCACUGGAAUGUUAUGGCUGUCAAGUACAUGCAGCUGUGUCAGCUGACUGAGCUGCCUGCAGUGGCACAGACUCUGAUGAACUGACUGUCUCUAUCUGCUGAGGCACUGACUGCUCUAUCCUGAUGCACUGCAUGUCACUAUCUGCCGAUGGGCUGACUGUUCUAUCCUGAUGCACUGCAUGUCACUAUCUGCCGAUGCACUGAAAGUCACUAUCUGCCGAUGGGCUGACUGUCACUACCUGCUGUGUUUGUGAGUAGAGUCUCAGUUGCCAACUGUAUCAGUGUAAAAACUUUUCCUGCACUUUUCCCAACGAAUUUCACCUGUUCAGUCUGCACAGAUGAAGGGGAGAAGACCUGAUUUUUAGACCUUGACCCAUCUGGGCCGUGGUUUGGGACAGAGAAUGAGCGAGGUCAGAUCCAGCAGUGUGUCUGUAAUGGCCCUCCAGCCGAAAGACAGCAGGCCAUUGGUGAAAAACAGAUCACUGAUAAAUGAUGUGAAGGGGUGCCGGCACGAAAGUCUGUCCACUUUGCUGUUUGUGUUGGUUUGUCCAUCUCCUGGUGGUAGGUAGAGGCAAACCAAUGAGGGGAGUCCCUGCAUCCUAAUGCUGACGUCAAACUGCUUCUCCACUUGUGGUGGACGUACAGGAGAAUAAAAGCAGUAAAGCAUUUCAAACCUUCCUCAGUCAAACUGAACUCAUUCGCUUUAGCUUAAGUUAAAUGGUUCGGCAAUUUGCAGGCCUGCUGACUGACCACCUGCUUGAGCAGAGAAGCUGGGGUGACUCAAUUGGUGUCAAUUGAGUGUAAAGAAAUUACAAAGAAACAUCAGGCUUUUUUGCGCGGAGCUUUUCUUUUGUCAUGUGACCUGGUGGUGGAUGCUGAAGAGCCGCAUUCAAACUGAGAAAGUUUCCUGCUCUCAGGGGUUACAUGCGUAGUCAUGGUGAGCAAACCACACCCCAGAAUGACAUCACAGUCUCGCCCAAUCUAAGUGUGCUGCCAAACUU